ACUGUUGACUGUCGUUUCACCAAUGCAUGCAGCUGACGUCACUUAAAAUCGUGUCGCAUGAAAUAGAACCUUGAAACUGUAAAUUAUCGUAAAAAGUCAUGACACCGAAAACAUUGAGUAUAGAACAGAGCGACGAGACAAAACGUGUCGUGAUGAUAAUGAACAGAGGUCCAUAAACUGGAGAUCGUGUACACUUGAGGUUAAUCAUUCUUGGUAUCACGCUCCAAAUGCUUGCGCAGUUUGAUCGUAAUUUUGUUCGAGUGCCUGGUUUUUCUAUUAGCUGAUGAAUUCAGAAUCGUUUUGUGGAACCGCGUAACUAAAAGAUUGUUAAGAUUUUUCUAGUCUUUUGCUGACAAAAUAUAUUAAUAUGGCAGAUUUUGCGUUAAAUGGAUUUAGCAGUGAUCAGACUGAGAAAAUCCUCCAAUUUCAGGAUUUGACAGGCAUCGAGGAUCUGUCAAUUUGCAGAGAUGUCUUACAAAGGCAUAAUUGGAAUUUGGAGGUUGCAGUUCAGGAACAAUUAAAUUUGUAUGAAGGAAGACCAUCAAUGUAUGCACAGGACUCAAGAUCACGACCACCUCAGGUUGUUGAUGACAGCAGUUCUAGAAUAUAUUUUCAUUAUUCUGGAAGCUCUAAUGGCAGGGGUAGUUAUUUAUGGUAUAUCUUUUCAUUAUGUUAUGAAAGAGUGAUCAGCAUCUUACAACUACUUCUUUCAAUAUUUAGGAGAAAUGUUAGACCUGUAUCUUCUGAUCCUGUGGAAGAUGUGAUUAGCUUCAUUCGAAGUUAUGAGGAAUGUUAUGGUAAUAGUCAUCCUGUUUUUUAUCAAGGCUCUUAUAGUCAAGCUCUUUCUGAUGCAAAACAAGAAUUGAGGUUUUUAUUGGUGUAUUUACAUAAAGAUGAAGCUCAAAAUAUUGAUCAAUGGUGCAGAAAUACAUUGGGUAAUCUAGAAGUUGUUCGAUAUAUAAAUACACAUACUUUAUUUUGGGCAUGUAAUGUACAAUCAGGUGAAGGAUAUAAAGUGGCAGAAGCUCUUAAAUCUGGUUCUUAUCCUUUCUUAGCCAUUAUUGUUUUAAAAGAUAAUAGAAUGACAAUAGUUGGCAGAAUGGAAGGCACGCCAUCACCAUCUGAUUUAAUAUCUCGUUUGCAAACAAUUAUAGAUCACAACGAAAUUAAUUUAAUACAAGCUCGUCAAGAAAGAGCUGAACGUAGUGCCGCGCAAUCUUUACGUCAACAACAAGAUCAGGCUUACGAAGAAUCAUUACGCGCAGAUCAAGAAAAGGAUCGUAGAAGAGAAGAAGAACGAAAAGCGCGCGAAGAACAAGAGGCUAGAGAAAAAGAACAAUUAAAUGCACAAGAAAUGGAAAUUCAACGCAUUCGUCGUGAGAAAGAACUUACUGUUUGUAAAGUGCCUCUUGAACCAGAGCCUACUAAUCCUAAUGCAUGUCAUCUUCAAAUUAAACUUGGAGAAAGGACAAUGAAAAGACGUUUUCUAAUGUCUGAUACAGUAGAAGAUGUAUACUAUUGGAUAUUUAGUCAGCCAGAUUCUCCAGUGAGUUUUGAAAUAACUACAAGUUUUCCGAAAAGAAUUCUAUAUCCGUGUAGAGAAAUUUUAACAUUAUCGGACGUCGGAUUAACACACAGAGAAGUUCUCCAUGUCAAUGAUUUAGAUGAUUAACCUUUAUUGAUAUUUGAAUAUUGCAUUCUUUAUGUUUAAGUAUCAUUCCACAGAAAAAUGAUACUGUCGUAAGAGACAUUUAUUAAAAAAAAAUAAUAUAUAUAUAUAUACAUAUAUAUGUAUAUAUAUAUAUAUACACACACAUAAAAAUAUAUAUAUAUUUGAUACAUUCGAGUAUUUUAUGUGAAGCGUAGUACAGUGUCAGGAAUGCAGUUUUAUCACAGAUCUAUAAAAUAUGUUAAAAAAAAAAGAAAUCAAAGAAUGAUUAAUUGUAUUGCAUUUUCUGCAUAGAACUAUCGUAUCAACUAUGAUUACAUUUAUUAUAUACUGUGAAUAAUACGCUCA